AGCUCAUCCACUUCCCUCCUUCCUCGCUCUGCCCCUUCACCUCAAAACACCACUGGCCUGAUCACUAUGGCUCAACAGGGCAGUACUUCUGAACCAGAAGCAAAGCCCUCCAUUCAUGGAGACGUAUUAGAGUCCAUUCUCUCCCACGUCCCACUCAUCCAUCUCCUCUCCGCCUCCCGCGUCUCCACCUCCUGGAACCGUGCCGUUUCCUCUUCCCUCGCCCACCUCAACCCCGUCAAGCCCUGGCUCAUACUCCAUGCUCACAGCUCCCGGUCGCCGUACCUGACUGCCACGCACGCCUAUGACCCUCGUUCCCACCUCUGGCUUGAUAUACGCCGCCCCAAUCAGUCGUCCCUCAAACUCGCCUCCUCCGCCCUCCGCUCAUCCCACUCGUCGCUGUUCUAUGUUCUCUCUCCCACCGUUUUCGCCUUCUCCUUUGAUCCCCUCCAUCUCACGUGGCACCACACCGAGGCUCCUCGCGUCUGGCGGGUUGACCCAAUUGUUGCUCGUGUAGGCCGCUGCAUCGUCGUCGCCGGCGGUGCUUGCGACUUCGAGGAUGAUCCCCUUGCGGUGGAAGUGUACGACCCGGCGACUCGUACUUGGACCAUGGGUCCUUCCAUGCCGGAGAUCCUCAAAGACUCUACGGCCAGUACGUGGCUGUCUGUCGCCGUCGAUGAGCAAAGGAUGCACGUGACGGAGAAAAGCUCCGGCAUCACAUACUCCUUCGAUCCCAACGCCGAGAUCUGGGACGGGCCGUACGAUCUCCGACCCAAUCAGAAUGUGUACUCUUGCGUGAUCGGAACUCUCCACAACCGUCUGAUCGUGGCGGGACUGGUGGGGAACAUGGAGAAUUUGAAUAGCGUGAAGCUGUGGGAAGUGAGGGGCGAAAUGGGGAAAGAAUUCUGGUGGAUGGAAAUGGGCGAGAUGCCGAAGGAGAUGGUGAAGAAGCUGAAAGGAGAGAGUGAAUGUGUGGCGUCAAUUGCGAUGAACGCGAUGGGGGAUUUUGUGUAUAUUCACAAUCCAUCGGAGCCGGCGGAGAUGAUCGUCGGUGAGAUUGUCAAUGGGACCUGCAAAUGGAGGGACGUUCCGAACGUGGUUAUGAAGGACAAAACUCGAAUGCAGAGAAUGGUGGUGGGUUGUAGUGACGUUAGUCUGGGGGAUUUGCAGAAGGCGGUUUCCGAGAAUCGGAAUUUCGCCGUCAAAAUUCGCGCUGGAAACUAGAGAAGACUGGGCGGGAAGAAAGCAGAUCCUCCGAAAUUGACUUCCGGUGACCUCCUGAAGUAUUAACAAAGUACUGGAAAUGUGAUCAUUGAAACUUGGAGAAGAAAAAAAGAGGACUUGAUUCCCAUACGAUGAAUUCAACAUGAUAAAUGGAUGAAGAGGUUUGAAUUGUUGAAUUUUGUGAUUCAUGGAAUUCAGUUGAGAUGAAUAAAACACGAUGUUACCCAAAACAGUGCGGCUUGGUGACAGAAUAUGAAAAACUGUGCUCGAUUGCUUCUU